CGGCGCGCUGCAUUGUGGGGUGGCGGUGGCGGCGGCGGCGGCGGCGGCGGCUGCGGCUGCGACGCGGCGCCGGGCAGAGCGUUCGCGGGGCCGAGGCCAUGGCUUUCUGGGCUGGGGGUUCGCCCAGCAUCGUGGACUAUUUCCCCAGCGAGGACUUCUACCGCUGCGGCUACUGCAAGAACGAGUCGGGCAGCCGCUCCAAUGGUAUGUGGGCACAUUCCAUGACAGUACAGGAUUAUCAGGAUCUCAUAGACCGAGGAUGGCGAAGAAGUGGAAAAUAUGUGUACAAACCUGUCAUGAAUCAAACAUGUUGUCCUCAGUACACAAUAAGGUGCCGACCUUUACAGUUUCAGCCUUCAAAAUCUCACAAGAAGGUUUUGAAAAAAAUGUUGAAAUUUCUGGCUAAAGGGGAGGUUCCCAAAGGAAGUUGUGAGGAUGAGCCCAUGGACUCCACAAUGGAUGAUGCAGUUGCGGGUGACUUUGCAUUGAUAAAUAAAUUGGAUAUACAGUGUGAUCUUAAGACACUCAGUGAUGACGUCAAAGAGAGUUUAGAGAGUGAAGGAAAAAAUUCAAAGAAAGAAGAACCUCAUGAAUUACUUCAGGCACAAGAUUCCGUAGGAGAGAAGUUGGGCUCUGGUGAACCAUCACAUUCAGUUAAAGUUCACACAGUUCCUAAGCCAGGCAAAGGGGCUGAUUUGAGUAAGCCUCCAUGUCGAAAAGCAAAGGAAAUCCGGAAAGAAAGGAAAAGGUUAAAACGCAUGCAGCAGAACCCAGCUGGAGAAAUUGAGGGUUUCCAGGCUCAAGGUCACCCACCAUCUUUGUUUCCACCAAAGGCUAAAUCCAACCAGCCCAAAUCACUCGAAGAUUUAAUUUUUGAAUCUUUACCAGAGAAUGCAUCACACAAGUUAGAGGUGAGGUUAGUACCUGCCUCCUUUGAGGACCCAGAGUUCAAGUCGUCUUUCAGCCAGUCCUUUUCUUUGUAUGUCAAGUAUCAAGUGGCCAUACACCAGGAUCUACCCGAUGAAUGUGGAAAGACUGAGUUCACAAGAUUCCUUUGCAGUUCACCCUUGGAGGCAGAGACUCCCCCUAAUGGGCCAGAUUGUGGCUAUGGCUCCUUUCACCAGCAGUACUGGCUUGAUGGAAAGAUCAUUGCUGUGGGGGUGAUUGACAUCCUGCCAAACUGUGUGUCAUCUGUGUAUUUGUACUACGAUCCUGAUUAUUCGUUUUUGUCUUUGGGUGUCUACUCUGCACUACGAGAAAUUGCUUUUACUAGGCAGCUUCAUGAGAAAACUUCUCAACUCAGCUAUUAUUAUAUGGGUUUCUACAUUCAUUCGUGUCCCAAGAUGAAAUAUAAGGGUCAGUAUAGACCUUCUGAUUUGCUGUGCCCCGAGACAUAUGUUUGGGUCCCCAUUGAGCAAUGCCUGCCUUCACUUGAAAACUCCAAGUACUGCCGUUUCAACCAGGACCCAGAAGCAGUGGAUGAAGAUCGCAGUACGGAACCUGACCGAUUGCAGGUGUUUCACAAGAGAGCCAUCAUGCCUUACGGUGUUUAUAAGAAACAGCAGAAAGACCCAAGUGAGGAGGCCGCUGUUCUGCAGUAUGCCAGCCUGGUGGGGCAGAAGUGCUCCGAGCGGAUGCUGCUGUUCAGAAACUGACCUGUUCGCCUCUGCCGGGGGUUCCCGUGUUGUGCUGAUGGUUUGUGUCAGGGUGCUUACUCAGUACCUGUGGAGAAAUAACUGUCACCACCCACAAAUUAAGACAUUUUUUAUUUUGACUAUCUAUGGCUUUUAAAAAAUAUUUUGUGGCAAUGUAUCUGUGAGAAUCUCAUGGUUAAUAUAAAGAUUUUAAAACUGUGUUGUGACCUAGCCCCCGUAAUUGGGGUUUAUCAUUUUGGAGGUUUCUUUCUAGAGCAAGAUAUGCUCAGAUUCUCCUGUUUAAAUUUUGUACAAUGAAGAAGUGAAUCUAAGUAACUUAAUCACAGUUGUGCUUUUUUUUUUUUUUUUUUUUGGUUCUGUUAAAGAAAUUAAAACAGACUUUCCUCAGGCCCAUUUUAAACAUGAACUUAUGUUAGGAAACCUUAAGUAUGGGGAAGGUAGAAAGUUUGUUUCAUCACUUAGAAAAUAUGUCUUCUCAACAAAACUGUGUGCUGUUACUCAGUGUUCAAUAUUAAAUUGCUGCCAAAUGUUAUGUAGUUUAAUAGAGAGCUUGAAAAAAAUAAAACAUUAA